CUUAAUCAAUCACCUCGCACUUAUCUCAACACCUUUCUCACUUACCAACAACACCUACAACACUAAACUCAAAAUGAUUGCUCGUCCAGGUUUCCUUGCCUUCUUUGUUGCAUUCGUUGCACUCUCAUCGUACAAAGUACAUGGUCAAGACGAUUCAGGAGAUGAUGUCUCUCCAUUUACCGUUCAAUACUUGAACAGAACAAGCAAAACUGAUCAUCCCGCUUUGGUCGGAUUUACGGUUGAUGGUACUUUGGACAAGUUUGGUCACAUCGCUGGUGAUGGAACUUUCAACUACGAAGCAGGCAAAAGCUACGGAGGCGGUUUUAACAUAGGUACUGAUGAUGCCAAAGACAGAACAAAACACAUUGCCGGAAUUGGUGGUGGUUAUUCAUUCAACCAAACACACGUAACCGUUGGCGCUGGUAUCUCUGCUUUUGAUCAAAAAGUCAACUUUAGCUUGGACAUCGCUAAAGGUGGCGUUGUAACUGCCAAAUUCGAUCUCAGCGGAACUUCAGCAAAGACGUUGAAUUGCGCACCUUUUGAUGAGAACGGCGCCAAAGGUAUCGUUUGCACGACUGCGGUGCAUAAGUAGGACAAUGAUGAUGGCGUUUUUGGUUCUCCUGCG